AUAAACCCUGAGUGAGACUGGCUCCAAAAAGAGGUCCUGCUCCAAGCUGGGCGCCCUGGCCUAUCACGUGAUGCCACUGACUGACAUCUACAAUGUGCCGGCCCCGCUAUUUCUUGACCUAACAAUGGUCCAGGGAGGUGGCCUUAUCCCCAUUGUACAGAUGUGGAAACCGAGGCUCUGAGAAGUGAUAUGCCCAGCCUCAGGACACACAGCUGGGAAGUGACCUCCCCCGGGGUAUUCUGAGCCGCCUCUCCGGUCAGCCUCUGCCCUGACUGACUGUGUGUCACUAGGCAGGGCUUUCCCAGUCUCGGGCCUGGGUUUCCUCUUGGGUAAAAAUGAGAGGAGUUGGCCUGACCCCACCUCCUAAUGGGCUGUGAGUUUCUGAGUCCUGGCAAAAAUGAGGACCCAGGGAGGAGGUGGGGGCAGCUGAAGGGUAGAAUAAUCAUUUCAGAGCUGCCCUGGCCAGGGUGCCCAUUCUACAGAUGGGAAACUGAGGCCCAGAGAAGUCUGGGGGCUCGUCAAGCAGGGUCACAUAGCCAUCUCCUGCGAAGCCUGGCUGGCUGCUCACACGAUGCCGCACCUUUCCCGGGGAGACCCAAGGGGUUUUGGGGGGUGAGGGGGACUCUAAGAGUUAAGGGUCUCAAUCUUUAAGAGCCAGAGGUGGUUUGUGUGGCCUCUUUACUUAUCCCAUGCCCCUGACCCCAAGUCCCCAAAGGAAAGGAGCCCUUUUUUCUGUCCAACUCACUGUACCGCAUGCGUGCGUGCGUGCGUGCGUGCGUGCGUGUGUGUGUGUCUGGUCCUGGAUCUCUCAUUGGCCAGAACUCAGGAGAUUUCACUCAACAAGGUAAAAAAAAGUUGGUCUUUCCUGGAGAAUGAGGGGAGACCGGGAGCCAAUUUACACAUCAGGCAAGGAUAAUCAUUAUUUGUUGACUUGGGGUGGCCACACGUUGGCUGGACCUGGAUGUGUGCCGGGGUAGCAAUUCCGCCUCUCCUAAAAUUCACCUUCCCUGGGGGAGGGCUGCGCCAGGCACUUGGUCCCAUCCGGCCCUAACAGCGCACCUCUCCACCCCACCCCCAGUUUACAGAUGGGGACAGUGAGGCCCAGAGAGGCCUAGCAGCAGAGCCAGACCCAGAUGGAGCCAGGAUGUUAAUCCUGGCCUUACCGAGCUCAUCAUUUGGCUGCCUGCAGAGCCUCAGUGCAGAAACUUCACAGCCGUCCCCCCCAGGGAAGGCCCCUGGGGACACCACUGUCAGAGGUGUCUGUGGUGAGAAGUUUUAGCCUCCACCGUGAAGGCUCUCUCCCAGGCUUGACUGGAGGCAGAAGGCAGGGAGGUGGUUGGCGAGAGACAAAAGCCCCAAACAUCAAAGCUGUCUGCAGAACUGUUGCUAAUAAGUUCCAGAGAGGAGAGGGCCCAGAAAGUCUCCUGAAAUUCAGGGAACAUCUCAAAUCCUGGUUCCAGCUGACAAGUGGGGUUCCAGCCAGAGGGGUGCGAGCCCACUCCUGGGCCAGCCCCGGGCACGUGAGAGUGUGAGGGGUGUGUGUGAGUGAGUGUGUGGACUCAGAGUCCCAAAGAAGAAGGGUCAAAUCCCAGCUCUGACACCAUCUGUGUGUCCUUGGGCAGGUCACUGUCUGUCUCUGAACCUGUUUCCUCAUCUAAAAAAACGGAGACAGUGCUGGCGUCCCGGGCUUCUCUGGGCUUGCAGCCACGAGAGGGGCUCAGAUGAGUAACUGGUGAUGAAAGUACACGGUGACCGGCUCAUUUAAAAUGAACCCCUGGGCGGCGUUGCCUCGGUUAAUGUCCUUGGACUUACAUGUUUUUUUGCCAUCUGAGCCAGUUUGUCCAAAUUCAUGUCAGUGCAAUUGAUUUCAAUUAAUGACACUUUACGGGAGGCCUCAGGUCACUUGGAACAAGCCACUUAGUGGUCCCUCGUCAUCCCUACCUCAUCUGAAUCCUUGUGUCACCAUGAGGUUGGUACUGUCACCUGUUUUACAGAGCAGGCCCUGAGGUCUGGGAAAUUAAGGGGACCUGCAGUCAAGGUGCUGGGCCUCCUCCUCCAGCCCAAGGACUUGCUGUGUGGCCUGGAGCCUGCCCCUUGCCUUCUCUGGGCCUCUGUCACCCCAUCUCCAUCCCCUGAGCGCAAGCACCUCAGACAGGGGACCUGAAGGCUUUUCAGUCUUGGAACUUCCAGGCCCACCCAGCGUCAGGGUCCUGGGCCCUCUGCUGGGCUGGGAUGGGGCUCUCACAGGGCAGAAUGAGGGGCACAGGAAGGGGUCCCUGGAUUUGUCUGAGAGCCCAGGCCGACUCACACAGGCUGGGAGAAUCAGUGUUUUAGAAGCCAGGCUCCUCCGUGAAGCUGAGCCAUAAGUAAUUUAUUAGUCAGCUGGGCCGUCUGGGCCAGAGAGGGUCUGGGGGUUCACGUGGGGAGCAGCUUUCCAACAGAGGGAGGGAGGCGCGGGGUGCAUCUGGAUGCCAUCCAGUAGUGGCCACGGGACUCAGUCUCCAGCUUUGUUUCAGGUACGAGGGUUCCCCCGGGGCCUCCAGGCCCUGCUUUGAGCCUUGAGGUGGGGGUUCGCCAUGGGUUUGGGGCCUAUGCUCACACAGGCCUCUGCUGAGCUCAAAGAUUGUGGACACUUUGUAACCAAUGAAUCUUCUGAGGAUGGGAAUGGGACCACAGGAGGGCAGGGGGCUGCUGGGGAGGGCCCCCCGGAGGAGGGGGGCCAGCUCUCUCAGUUACUCACUCAGAUCCUCACUGAGCCCUCCCAGCAUCUCUCCCUUGGUGCCUGCAUCCAAACCCCAGGCAGCUCUUCCUUAGCAAGGCACUUAAGCCCUCUGAGCCUCAGUUUCCUCACCUGGAAAAUGGGGAGAAUGUACUACCUCCCUGAACAGGCGGAUCUCAGGAUUCAGUGAGAAAGUCUAUGUGAGAAACUUAAAAGAAUACCUGGCACAUGGCAAGCAAUGAAAGGCUCCUGGCAACAUGGUUUCCGCGGUGGCCCCCAGCCUGGCCGUGUCUCUGCUGCUGCUCCUGCGGGCCCUGCCCACGGCGCCCUACUCCGUGUCCCUGCAGGCUGCCUUCCUGGAGGACACAGGGGGCAGCGGGGAGGCUGAGGGCCCAUCGGCUUCCUCCCCCAGUCUCCCGCCUCCCCGGACCCCGGCCCUUAGCCCCACGUCAGUGGGGCCCACGCCCCCGGAGGGCCCCAAGCCCCCCACCAACUUCCUGGAUGGCAUCGUGGACUUCUUCCGCCAGUACGUGAUGCUCAUCACCGUGGUGGGGUCCCUGGCGUUCCUGCUGAUGUUCAUCGUCUGCGCCGCUGUCAUCACCCGCCAGAAGCACAAGGCCUCCGCCUACUACCCCUCAUCUUUCCCCAAGAAGAAGUACGUGGACCAGAGUGACCGGGCUGGGGGCCCCCGGGCCUUCAGCGAGGUCCCCGACAGGGCUCCCGACGGCCGGCCGGAGGAGGCCCGGGACUCCUCCCAGCAGCUCCAGGCUGACAUCCUUGCCGCCACCCAGAACCUCAAGUCUCCGGCCAGGGCUGCCCCUGGCAGUGGAGAUGGAGCCAGGGUGAUGGAGGGCAAGUCGGAGGAAGAGGAGCCAGGCAGCCAGGAGGAGGACCAGGAAGCCCAGGGAUGCGGGGUCCCAGCAGAGAAACCAGAGGUGCCCCCACCAGAGGAGGCCUGCCCAGAGGAGGCAGACGGGGCCCUGGAGGCCGGUGAAAGUCAGGGGCCAGAAGCAGCUUCCUCAUUAGCCCAGGAAACUGGCGGCCCAGCUGGUCCCCCCGAAAGCCCCUGUGCUUGUGGCAGCGUCUCCCCCAGCAUCUAACAGGCCUCUCAGGCUGCCGGCCCUGACUGUCGGACCCCUGGAGGUCACCUCCUUGGGCACAGAAAGACACUUGGUCCUUCCUGCUCUCUGUCACCCCCUCCUUGGCCACUCUCCACUGCAAAUCCCAGUGUGUCUGAUCCUACAACAGCGGGCAGAGCUGCUGGUCUCUGUCCCAUCUCAGGAAUCUCACCAACUUCCAGAACGUUUGUCCCUGCAGCCCCCGGGGGGCUCUAUCCCAAAGCCCAGCUCCUCUGGGGAGACAGGGCUGGGGACGUGUCCCCGUCACAGCCAUGUCCAUUGGGAAACAUGUCUCAGGUCCCUUGUGACAGUGCAAACAUCGCUGCUUGCCAUCGAGGUAGGAAAAGAAAUACUAGUGUUGGAAGAGACUGAGCUGGAGAUGCGGAAAGGCCUGGGGUUGGAGCAGUUCGAGGCACCGCUGAAGGUCGGUCAGGAGGGCGGCUCCUGCAAGCGUCAUGACAGGUCCCUAUAUGGACAUUUCCCAAACUGGGUUCCCUGGAAGAAAGCUUGUGAGGUCCAGGGAGCAGAGGAGGUGCUGCUUCUCUGCUCCGGUCGCCCCAGACUCCUUGCAGCGCCCCGGGGCUCUGACAAGCCCUGCAGUAAAGGCGCCCGUGGACUCUGGUUUGUUUUUGCUUAGUCUUUUCCAAACUGCUUUUGUCCGUGGAGUGCUCUUUUUUUUUCUUUCUUUCUUUUUAACAGCUACAGAAGUUACUGCUCUAAAUGUUCCCGAAGGCACCCCCUCCUCAGUUUCUGGUUGGUCCAGGGUUAGGGGGGUGGGGGUGGGGGUUCAGCGCUCCCAGGAGCUGCCUCUCAUCCCGUUACUGCUGCGGGGGUGGGGCAAAUGAAUUGAACCUUUCUUGCCAGGGCCCCAAAGCAGCUUAGAAGCCGGGAGGGGGGCUGUGUGUGAGAGGGGACCCCACUCAGGGGAAGUCUGAGGGGAUGGGAGAGGGUUUCUGACACCCAUCCCAGAGCAGGGGGGCCCUGGCCCUUCACACACACACAGAUGCCUGGUAGCCUGUGCCCACAGUCUUCUUUAGUCUUCGACAAGGGAGCCUGAGCUCCGUCCUGAUUUGGGGAGGCUCUGCGGCGGCGGGGAGGGUCCUCCUCCCCAUCCCUCCAUCUGGGCCCCGCCAACCUCUGCACAACUCUCCAGGUGCUGAGAUGUAACAAACCAGCCCAAUAAACCUUUAUUCUGGC